UGGAAAAGUGCAGAAAGUCAUGUGAGCCGGGAAAAAUGGCUACACAAAUGAGUUCAUUUUUGAAGGAACUUCUGUUAUGAUCGCCACAAAUGGAUAUGUGUGAUCACUGUAGCCUAUAUAGCUAGCUAGGGAAAUAACAAGUCUUCAACAUUCAAUUGUGAAUGCCGUAACAUCAGCGAUCUUUCGGUUCGUGAGAGAAUCACCGUUUACGUUUACGGACACAUCAGGUUGUGGAGGAUAACGUUAGCCUACCGUUAUAUAUUUGAUUUUAGUGUAUGCUCACAGACCGGCAUACUGCUUGGAUAAACGGUUAAACAACUCAUCUGUGUUUUUGAAGACCGAUGACAAUCGCUUUUACCCGUGAAAAUCGAUUGACUGCUCGCGUGGGUAGUUGAUUGUGUGUAGCAUGUGAGACAGUCACAUUGGAGCCUACUUCGUGGUUACAUUGUUACAUUUAAUUGUUUGGUGUUUUUUUGUAUCCGUGGCAUAAGGCCACUCACUGAAAAUACUCAGUUCGUGGAGGUGUUUUUGUCAUUGGUAGCGUGAAUUGUAGUAAAGAACAUGAAUACAGAGAAGGACUUUUCGCCUUUGACCCCAAACAUAGUACGAGCUCUAAAUGAUAAAUUGUACGAGAAGAGGAAAGUUGCCGCACUAGAAAUUGAGAAACUUGUACGUGAAUUUGUGGCUCAAAAUAACUCCACCCAAAUCAGGCAUGUUAUUCAAAUCCUGGCAUCAGAGUUUGCCCUCUCCCAACACCCCCACAGUCGCAAAGGUGGGCUUAUUGGCUUGGCAGCUUGCUCAAUUGCUCUUGGCAAGGAUUCUGGCCUGUAUCUGAAAGAGCUUAUUGAACCUGUGCUUACCUGCUUCAAUGACUCUGAUAGCCGAUUACGAUACUAUGCUUGUGAGGCCCUAUACAAUAUCGUAAAGGUUGCCAGAGGAGCGGUGUUGCCUCAUUUCAAUGUCCUUUUUGACGGGCUUAGUAAGCUUGCAGCAGAUCCUGAUCCUAAUGUGAAAAGUGGCUCUGAGCUCCUUGAUAGACUGUUAAAGGACAUUGUCACAGAAAGUAAUAAAUUUGACCUGGUAGCAUUCGUCCCAUUGCUGCGUGAGCGGAUCUAUUCCAACAACCAAUAUGCUCGGCAGUUUAUCAUUUCCUGGAUUUUGGUGUUGGAAUCAGUCCCUGACAUCAACCUUAUCGACUACCUGCCAGAAAUCCUGGAUGGGCUCUUUCAGAUUUUGGGAGACAGUAGCAAGGAGAUUAGACGGACGUGUGAAGUGGUCUUAGGGGAGUUUCUCAAGGAGAUCAAAAAGACUCCAUCUAGUGUGAAGUUUGCCGAGAUGGCUAACAUUCUGGUCAUCCACUGCCAGGUGUCAGACGAGUCAAAGCUCACAAAUGACUUAAUCCAGCUGACAGCCAUGACGUGGAUGAGGGAGUUCAUUCAGUUGGCUGGUCGUGUGAUGCUUCCUUACUCCUCAGGAAUCCUGACCGCUGUGCUGCCUGGUCUCUCCUAUGAUGACCGCAAGAAAAGCACUAAAGAAGUGGCCAGUGCGUGUAAUCAUAGUCUAAUGAAACUGGUCACCCCUGAGGAUGAUGAGGAGGAAGAUGAAACACGGUCACAAACAUCCCCUCCCCAAGAGGACAGCCCGCCUAAGUCCCAAGAAGAUCUCAAUGACUCACUCAAUGCCUCUCAGGAGUCCAUCGGUCUUAGCAAAAUUAGCUUCUUCACCCCAGCAAGUUUAGACAGGGCACAGGUUACUCUGGAUCUUGAUGGAAUAGUUCAGGUUUUGGAUCGGCACCUGCAUGAUUCAUCCACUGGUAUGAUGACUCGGAUUGCUGUGCUCAAGUGGUUGUACCAUCUCUACAUAAAAACACCACGGAAGAUGUUCAGACACACGGAUAGUUUGUUCCCAAUGCUGUUGAAGACUCUUUCUGAUGAAUCUGAUGAGGUAAUACUGAAAGAUUUGGAAGUGCUUGCCGAGAUUGCAUCAUCACCGGCCGGACAGACGUACAACUCUGGGAUGUGUGACAAUUCUGACAAAACGGAACUCCAGGUUCCUGAGCACAGUAUUGGCCAGCAGCUGGUGGUUGGCUCCAAAAUGGCUGAUUCCUCUCCCUCCACCCCCAGCAUGAACUCCUACUUCUACAAAUUCAUGAUCAACUUGCUGAAGCGCUUCAGUCUGGAGAGGAAGUUGCUGGAGACCAGGGGGGCCUUCAUCAUCAGACAGCUCUGUCUGCUUCUGCACGCAGAGAACAUCUUUCACUCCAUGGCAGAUAUCUUGCUGAAGGAGGAGGACCUUAAGUUUGCCUCGACCAUGGUGCAGACACUCAACACCAUCUUGCUCACAUCAGCCGAGCUGUUCCAGCUGCGCAACCAGCUCAAGGACUUGCGCACUCAGGAGAGUUGCGCUCUCUUUUGCUGUCUGUACCGAUCCUGGUGUCACAAUCCCGUGGCAACGGUGUCCCUCUGCUUCCUGACACAGAAUUACCGUCAUGCCUAUGAGCUCAUCCAGAAGUUUGGGGACCUGGAGGUGACUGUAGAUUUCCUCAUGGAAGUGGACAAACUGGUGCAACUUAUUGAGAGUCCCAUCUUUACCUACUUGCGUUUGCAGCUUCUGGAUGUGGAAAACAACCCUUACCUAAUCAAAGCUCUGUAUGGGCUUCUGAUGCUGCUGCCUCAAAGCCAGGCCUUCCAGCUGCUGUCUCAUCGACUGCGCUGUGUACCCAACCCAGAACUCAUGAGGACCGUGGAUGAUUCAAAGUCUUGCAACAUCAAACGUUCCAAUCAGGCUCAUGUGGACUACACGGAGCUGCUCCAGCACUUUGACCGUGUCCAGAGCAAACACCUGGAGGUGCGACACCAGCGCACAGGACGAGCAGAGCACACCGAUAGGAAGCUAGCGCUCUGAGAGGCACUGUCGGGAGUGCAGCGUUUCAAGUAUUAAAUGAACAUUAACUGAUUUUGGACCUCUAGGGGAACUUUUUAUCAUGUGUGAAUGUACUGUACUGUUGUUUUUCAAGUGCUUUAUGUUAAGAUAAGAAGUUUUUUUUGUUUGUGUGGAAUGUAUAUGCCAUCAUUUUCCUCUGCAGUCUUUGACCAGUGAUUGGAAUGUUUUCAAAUCAUUGUAUUGUAGUUAUUUCAAACCAGUGCUGGCACUAAAAGACUAGCCACAAGUGAGUCCUUCACUAGGAAGCUUUCAUCGUCAAGGUAGUAUGCAAGCAGUGUCAGAUUACACAGCUAAAUGCUUUCAGCAGCUUCAUAGUUUUGUUGGCAUUGCUUUUCUUAUACCUCACAACUCACAUAAAAGUACCAGCACUCUUUGAUUUCUGAUGCCAAGCAUCAACUCUGCAUUGUGAAUACCUUACUCUCGCCUCACUCUGGAUUCACCUUGGUAAAGAUGCAUCUAUAUUCAUGACUUCUACAUUCCUUACCUUCACAUCUUUUCACUAUAACAUAUGCUUCUCUGACCUGAUAUGAUCACCAAUCUAAUUGUAAACAGCAAAUGUAAGUGUUGUCUAAAUUAUCAUUAAAAAAUGAGGACCACAAUAAAUAAUAGUAAGCUCCAAAUAAACUUAAAUUUAAGAUG